UUUUAGUUUAGCUUUGAUCGUUUAGCAGUGCGGUUGCAUUUUUUGCAUUGUCUCUCUUCUUGUGUUUGUUUGUUUUUCUUGGCGUGUGUGGUUUGGAGCCUUCUUGAUUUUUUGUGGUGGCUUGGCGCGUGCGUGAACGGUUAGGCAGCAGCAGCCAGUCUCAAUCGGUGCGCCUGGGGCUGUAGCAUUUAUUAUUGAUGGAUAAUUUGCGAUAAUUCUUCUCGUGUGCAAAAAACAAACGAGAGUUUGGUUCCGGUGUAAGAAUCGAUAACUUUUGUAUCGCCUGAGGCUGGCAAUGUGGAGUGAAGUUUAAGUUUUAAAAGUGAUCGCAUAAUUACAUCGUUUGAGAAUCCUUGCUGGUGACAUUUUGUGAAGAAAAUUCUCCUCAGAGCGUCGCAUCCAGGAAUAGAUGAAAUCGUGCUAAAGAAAGUCGUCCGACCAACAACUACAAUAGCCGCACCCUAAGAAUAGGAUGGAAAUACGAUGGUGCUGGGCAGCGUUCAUUCUGCUUACCGUGGUAACACACAAUCCGGCCAGUUCCACCGAGGACAGUCGGCAGCGGACAGCGAGUGCAAGUGCCGAUGACAGCACUUUAGAAAAGCGGGAUCGGGACUGGGACUCGUUGAAGUCUUCGACAAACCUACCCAAGUCAUCGUCGAUUGAGUCCAAUUAUAAUUUGGAUGAAAUAAUUGCCAACCGAGAGACGGUUGCAGCCAGCAGCGUGAAAAAGUAUCUGAAGAAGGAAUCCAAAAAGCACAGGAAAAAGUACGUUUCAAACGAUGACUAUCGGACGAUGCCGGAGUCGGAGGCGAUCCCCGAACACAGGGAGGAAUCCCCGGAAAGUGGUGGCAGUAAGGCAGAUUCGGAGAAACCGCACAGCCGCAAGAAGCGGUUAAUUUGGGUGACGGACGAUGGCCGCUUGGCACUUCCCCCGGGCACCUCGCUGACCAUUGCACCGACCAUUGCGUUGCCGUUUGUGCGUUAUCCGCCGACGGGUUUUCUCUCCAACAUCUCAAUCAGCUUGCCGGUGACCAUUGACUUCGACAAGCUCGGCCUAACGGACAACCAGAACCCGCUGGGAGUGCUUCCGCCGUUGUUUGCUCGCUCGAUGGGUCGUGCCGCGGGCAGCAUUCUGGCGGACUAUGUGUCGGAUUACAUGCGCAUCCGGCGGCGACGAAAACGUAGCGCCACGGCCUCGACAACCUCGUCGACGCAGGGCAACGCCAACUUCAAGAUCAUCACCAGCUCGCUGGACGAUGGCGCCGAGCAGGACUCGACCAAGCUGCCAGACCUGCCGGAGGAACACAAACAUGCGUUUCACGGGGGAGAAAGGGCGUUGCUGUACUCGGUGGUUGAAGACUUUAUCGCCAACUUUGGAGUGGACGGAAGAGCUUGCAUGUUGCGCGCCAUAUGCGAGGUCCACUCGAAGCCGAUGGAAAAGUUUGGCUUGGUUGGGGAAAUUUUGAAACUCUUCUUCACCGCAUCACUGUCUCCCUACUCGGAGCAUUUAGACGAGUACGUUUCGGCGGAACAGAUUGGCAAGGGAACCGCUGGCCCGGGGGAAUGCUUCCCAUACUACAAGGAUUGUCCGAAAAGUUUGUUUCGCGUGGCGAACAAUUUUCAGAAGCAGCACCAUUAUACGGAGGCGGAUCCGACGGUGGAAGACAGCGAAGGGCUUUACGACGAAAUCUACGAGAACAGUAUAGACGAUCUGGAGCGGAAAAUUCGCAGCGCAAAGGCGUCGCAAGGCCACGGAUCGUCGUCGUCAGUAGAUUCCAAAGAAGACACCGUCGUACAACUGGACGGUAACAUAAGUAAGUUGGUGAUGUAGGAGAGGAUGCUGUUGUUAGAAACUAUGAAAUUAGCUUUGUGUGAAAUUGUUUUUCGCUUUUCGAAAUGUUUGCUCUUUUCAAAGGAGAUCACAGACAAGCAGAUGCAUAAUGUGGUGGGUCGAGAAGUCUUUUGAUGGUCAGUUGCAAUUAUAAUGAAGAAGGAAAGAGUGUAGUAGGGACAAUGAGAGUCAUUUUUUAGGUGUUCUAACACAUUAGAUCUGCUUAUCAACUGAUCGAGAGUAAAUAUCACGAUUAAACUCAGUGCAUUUACAGUUUAGGAUUUAUUUAUUUAAUUUAUGCUUUAUUUAUAUGUACGGUAAGUGCGAUACUGUGUGCGAAAUUGAGGUUCCAUAAUGAUAAGCGGGAAUAUCAUGUCUAUCAAUAAAUCGUUCUCAGCUGCUGUGUAUCAUGUGUCCAUAUUGUGUAAGUUUGAGUAACUGAUGUAUAUAGCCUAAUAAAAAGUCAGAUAGUUUCUACAAUGUUUUUUUCUUAUGCCAUGGAGUGAUGACAAGUCUCCCAGGGGUGCCCAAACUUUUGGCCUUGCGGGCCAGAUCUAAUUU